CCGGUCGCAACGCCUCAUGAAUAAAACACGAUAUUCACCGGGCGUCUCACCAUAUCGAGGUGAAUAACAGAAAAACAGAAAAAGACACUAUUUCUUUACUUUGAUUCAAAUAUCGUUUGAUUUGUAUGAUUAUAAAUACAGGACGAUUCUACUGGAGUCGUAACUUGUGAUCUCCAACAAAUGCAAGGUGUGUAAAAUGCGGAUAAUAGAUGUUUAGGAAGACUCAAGACAUGGGUAACCUGAGGGAAGUCGCUUUUUUUCUCGUUUUCGCUACAGUUGUUGGACAAGCCUUUUCAGAGUGCGACAGCCGCUGUCAGCAAGAAUGCAUCGACGUGUUAAACAAAUACCGCGAAAACCACGACGCCCCAGCCCUCACUUUCUCCCAGGCCCUCGCUGACAAGGCGCAGCAGUGGGCGGAUGGCGGGAAGUUCGGUUACGAUAUGACGUCACGCGGGCAAUUUGGGCAGCUGAUCGAGUGGGAUGUGAAAGAUGAGUUCCCUUCAUUCACGUCUGUCAUUAAGAACUGGCACGACAAGGAAAGGUUUUAUGAUUUUAAGACGGGGAUGUCUACUAAUGGUAAAACACUGCAUGACUUUACGCAAGUGGUGUGGAAAAGGGCACGCAAGGUCGGGUGUGGUAAGGGUAAGAUGUUUGGAUCCAAGUAUUACGUGGUGUGGAUGGAUGCGGACGGAGUCAUGAGUCCCAAUGUCGCCGGCGGCAGCGAAAAUGUGGGGCCACCGAAAAGGGAAGACAUCUAUUGGUACGAGAUUACUAAGCUGUGGGGCGUGGGUAAGCCCCUUUACCGAAAUGUCACAAAGCCAAGGAAGGAGGGUAAUCUGACUCGGUCGCACAUCUUGUCAGCAAGCCUUAGUCAAAAACUUGCGCGUCUCACAGACGAUGAGGACCAAGAUGUGAUACAAGACCUGAAUGAGGUCAGCAAAGAACAAAGAGUACUCAACAGCGAAAACAACAUCAAACAGUUUGUUCAUGACUCUUUAAGUCAAGUUUUCGACCAGGAAAAUCAGGAGGUUGAAAACUUGAGGAACCAGUUUGCGGAAAAUGUAAAUCCUUAUAUUGAUAACGCUGUUCAAACUGGAGCAAAGAUUGCAGAUGGUGGCCUUGGAAAAGCCGAGGAAAGUCAUGCCCGAAAUGGGUAUAUGGGAGUAUUAAACGGUGGCGAUAGACUACCAGAAAAUGGGGAUCAAUUCGGUAAUGAAAAGGGCGAACUUGCAAACCAUGCCGCACCUAACGAUAAGGUGUCUUAUGGAGGAGUAGAAUUGCCGGAGAAUGAGUUUGGGAAAAGUGAGGGCUUUGCUGGUCAGGAACAGCUUGAUACAGGUGCAUCAUAUGGUUCCCUCGGUCGUCACGAGGGGAGACCUUACGAAGGGUAUCCAGAGAGGCACUUUGAUAAUCGCGUUACAGGGUUCAACGAAGGCAUCCAUGAGCCUAUACCUCCUCUCAAUUCUGGCUUCAACAGCAGAUACGAGCACCAGGGCGCAAGAGAUAGGGAGAUUAGUUCUUCUUUUGAAGAAGGAGAAAAGCAGAUUGAGAAUGCAGAUACAGCACUUAUUGACAACCUAGCGAACACACUUCAGCAAAGGCCGGGAUCAGAGAACCGAGGCAACCGUCUCAAAACACGGCCAAGGCCAGGACAACAGGACAGCAGCGAACUUCCACGACCAAAAGGUAAGUCUAGAGACGCCCAGAGCUUGCUUUCCAAGUCAGUCCCUAUUGGUAAUACAUCCCUGACACAGCGAAACCCUUCCCUGAUAAUCCACGAACCCUGGAACGCUACUAGCCCUGACAGAGCUGAUGAUAAGAACAAUGGGUCUAACAGCACUCAGGCUAAAGAACAGAUGCGCAAAAACGCGGGCAAGCGUUAUGAAGGGAACCCUAGGGAAACUACCAAAGAUAUCGCUGCUUUGAUAAUGGGGAAAGUUUCUAGUAAUGAUACGGUAGAACCCAAGGAGGAUACAGAGCAACAGUUUAGCCACCCUAUAAGUGACCACGACAGUAAAUCUGAUGUUGAUACGGAGUUAUCGAGCGUUGUUGAUCUGAUCAACACUCGUUUAAGAGCAUUGGUUAAAUCACGUGGUAACGGUGGUCCUUACUCUUUGAAAGGUAUUGAUGCUACGAAGGACUUCAACAAGGAAAUGAAGCAGCUGCCAGAACUUAGAAAAGUGUCGCUAAAAGUUCCUGUAAAGACAAAUGAACCUGAGCAAGGCGAUUCUAACAAAGAAGUGUCAAUAGAAAGUAAGCCGCAUCAAGAUCAUAAAACCGACCCGGGUCUUCCAUCGAGGGAGCCUUCGACAGACGAGAACAUGGCACAAAAAGAAGAGGAUCCUAUGCAGCAACAACAAAACGAUAUGCCAAUUAAUGACCAAAUGGGUCACGGGCCUGGUAGGCAAACAAACCACGACGAAUUACACGGUAACCAGGACUCGAUGAACAACGAGCUCGAUGGAAACCGAAUGCCUGAUCAUCGCAUAGACAACUAUGGCUACCCGACGAGCCUGCAUUCUCAAGGGAACAACCAAUGGCUGAAUCACAUGGGCCACACUCCCGUCAGUGGACCUUCAGAACUGGGCGCAAGCUUUGAUCCUCUUACUCAAGCUUUGAAUGAAAACCCAAUUGGGCUAUAUGACCUUCGGAAGUACCACAAUGAGCCAAAACUGGGCGAAGAACACAGUGCUGUUCAUAAUGGUGACAAAAAUGUUGAAAAAAAGACAUCUAGUUUGCAGCCGGUUAUGGACGAGCAGGAUAUAUCGGAUUAUCAUGGUGCCCUGAAGCCCAUCAGAGAACCUGAGCCCGCAGAGGUGGCAGCGGGUGUACUUCCUCUGAUGGAUGAGUCGCCCCUAAGGGAACCUGACAUAAGAGGGGAACAGAGACCACCUGGAUAUUUUAACGAAGAGCCUGACGAAAAUGUACUGUACCCAUUUGCCGAGCAGUAUGAAAACGGGCAUAUAUUCAGAGAUGAAGGACCUAAGGGUAAUAGGGUGAACGAGGAGAGUGUGUCAGAGGAGGCUGGGAGUGCAGGUGACAAAGGGUCGAAGGUGGAAAGCGAUAAUAAUAAGGCGCCGCAGGAGAAGCUUAAAGAAGGGAAAAUUAUUUCCUCACCAGACAACAAACCAGGGUCCUCCAUGGAUGCGACGAGUCAGCAGCCUAUCAAGGGUGAUUCACAAACUGAACCAACAAGCGGGAAAGACGCAAUUUUAUUAGUUGAACCCUCAAAGCAGGCGCAAUCUCAAGAAGGGAAAGUUCAGGAAUCUGAAAAGGAGAGGUCACAUGCUGAAUCCCAAGUGGGUAGUAAAGAACAAGGAAACUUGCAAACACCUUUGUCGCCAGAAGGUAAACAACAGACAUCCCUACAACAAGAAAACCAAAAACCAACCGUGAAAGCAGAACAAAAGCCAAUAAGGGAGGGUUCUGAUAACGGUAUAGUAGGGCAAGCCGUACAGCAGGCGACGCAAUCCGGUAGCGAAAAACAGAGUCAACAGGCUCAGAACGAGGAUUCGGAAUCAAGCAAGCAGCAAUCAAAGUCUGAAAAUGAGAAGUCCUCUGGACCAGAAAGUCAGGGGGCAAACAGCCUGCAGUCGCAACAAGGCGGUCACGAUAUAACUUUGGACGCUGGGCAACCAAAAGCGCCUGCAAGAGAACAGGAAAGGACAGAGGGCGAAGUUUUGCAAAACGGUUUCUCGGCAGGUACACGACCGAAAGGAAAAAGCUCCACUUUCUCUGUAACAUUAACUCUAAACGAACCUGAACAAGAGGACUCCAAUUCUGGAAAACACGAAAAGGCUACACUUCCAUCAGCCUCGUCUGAUAAAACUUAUAAAAAACCAUCGAAACAGGCAAUCCAGUCAGAAGAACAGGCAAUGAAGCAGUCGGAAAAGGUGAACACAAAAGCAAGUGGCGAACAAAUAAGUCCCGGCGAUAAGACUAUAAACGUACCAUCCAAAAACAAACAGGAAACAAACGAUACUUCAAAAAAGAACGCUUCUAAUAGCGUGCUUAGCUCGGGAAACUCUGAAUUGAUUUCUCCCUCUGACAUGAAGAAGCAGCCAUCAAAGCCAGAAAUCGACGAUUCAAAGGCUAAUGGGCAUAUGUCAGGCGACUCGCAAAGUUCAUCCACUUCAGGAAAGCCAUCACAACAAGAGAGUCAAACUGAACUUGGACAAAAAAUUGAAAAGGGUGAUGUGGAAGGCGAGCAAACCGCGGCGUCAACUGAUGGUGAGAAGUCAUCACAGCAAAAAGAGAACCCAAAAGACAAAGAGCAACUACAAAAGGAAAAUACAAAAACGGGUGGACAAGAAACGUCAGGAGAACAGUUGUCGUCAAGCAACGAGAAACCUCCUCCAAAGACUGAAGGUCAAGAAGAAAAGGAACAAUCAGAUAAGAAACGUCCACAAACAAAUGGAAGCCAAGAAGAAAAGGGACAGCCAUCAGAGAAGAAUGAAGAAAAGCCUAAUAUAGCAAGCGAACAUUCGACACCAUCGUCAGGUGACGAAAAACUGUCCAAGCAGAAAGAGAGUACGGCAGAAAAUGAACAUCAACAAAAAGAAACUUCUAAGGUGCUCGGACAAGAACCGGAGUCCGUGGGUAAACAGUCAAAGCCGCAACAACAAGAGAGCGAGGGGGAGAACACAAAAGAAGGAAACUCUCCUCAGGAGAAUUCAAAGACGAGCGGGCAAGGCCAAAGCGCUGGAAGUGUGCCGUCGUUGACUUCGACUGGUAGUGAGAGGAAACCUGAGCAACAAGAAAACCAGCAAGAGUCUGGUAAAUCAGGGAAGCAGCCUACGGAGGGAGAUGCUAGAGAGCAAAGUCCAAGCCAAAGCGGUUCAAAGCAGCCAAACAGUGAAGAGCUACAGUCUACGCAUCAGAAUACACCACAGUCGUCGUCAUCAUCAUCUACUUCUAACAUAAGUGGGGUGGACCAACAGAAGCAGGCUACACAGCAAGAAUCGCAGACGAGCGUGUCUCCUCAAACUAGCGGGACAGACCAAAGUCAAUCAAGCCCUUUAGAAAAAGAAGUGGCCAAACAGGAAUCACAGCCAAACGUGUCACCCCAAUCAGGCGGCAAACAAGAGUCACCAGCAAACACGUCUCCGGUACCACCAGGGGUAUCAGGUGGCGGAGACCCAUAUACAACAUCUAGUGUACAUGUCGUCAAUUCACCUGUGGUAUAUCAAACAGAUACAACUAUUAUGGUAGGAGGUCAACCCCAUACUCAACAGUCUCCAGAAAGGGUUGAAGGUGACGGAAGCCAACAGGGGACGACGGCAGUUAAUGGCAGCCAACAGGAGACGACAGUAAAUGGUGUCAGCCAGCAGGAGACUACAUCUGGCGUACCUUCAGAUGGAUCUUCGGCUGUCCCAACUAAAGUUAAUGAAAAUCAAGGCCCGGGCUCAGAGAUGAAAGUCAGCCCUUUAGAUCAGAAUCAAGGGCCAGGAAAAGACGCCUCGAAGGCAAACGGUGAGUCAGCUUCAAAAUUCGGAACAGGGACUCCCUCAAAUAGUGAAGCUUCUCAAGGAAACCCAGACGCUAACCAAGAAAAUAUAACAGGAAAAAUGACCGGUAAAAACGGAUCGGAAUCACCAGGGGGUGAGCCUAAAAAGGAAAAAAAUGUGAGCCAGGCAGCAUCGAACGUUGACAAGGAACAGAAAUCUUCCGGCUCAACUUCAGAUUCAAAGAAUACCAACUCUUCAAAUGGCAACAAAGAAAAACUGUUAAGUCAAAUAAGUACUCCCAAAGAGACAUUGUCAGACUCUACGGACAAACGGCCCGUUCUCGAACUUCCAAGACCAGUUGACAAUAGAAAGCCAGCAGAAACCCAAGAUAACUCGGAGGUUCCGAACAAAUCUGUGAGUCGGCUACCGAAAGUUGUGGCAUCUGAACCAAACACUGCUAAUGAAGAAGUAGCGGCGCCACCGACUAACCCUGGUGACCAGCUUCAACACUCGGCGACAAGGAAAGCGUGCGUGGAUAACGAGGAGAGGUGUUCGCUCUGGGCUGACCAAGGUCACUGCAAGAAUGUUGUGUACGAGGACUUCAUGAAGCAGCACUGCAAGUCAACCUGUGGCUAUUGUGCACUCGAGACGGAGAAACCGAAAGAACUCAACGAUCUGUUUUCCGAACCCACUUGCAAGGACGCUAUCAAGUACCAGUUUAGCUGUCCCCAGUGGCGCGUGCAGGGCUACUGCGAGAAGCGGUCCAAAGAGAUGAGCAAGUUCUGCCGCAAAACGUGCAAAUUUUGCAAAAAGCGCAAAGUCUCAAAAGCACAAAAGUCUGCCAAGUUACAAGAUGCUAAGGCCCCUACAUCCAGCGGAUCAGUGCCAUCUGUUGUCAGUAACGCGUCUCCUGUCAGCCAAACCACAGCGCCGCCUGGUGUCCAGGGCUCUGCAGCAUCACAAGUCGGCAAUGCCAACCAAGCAACAAUUGCGCAGGCUCAGUCAGGUACCCAAACAGAAGGCCUACACACUGCGCAUGCUCAGGCGGCCAAUGCUCCAAACCAGGCAACGACAGCGCAUGCUCAGUCCUCGUUACCGCAGGGAGCUCAAAUCUUUGCGCAUGCGUCAACAGGCUCGGGCCAGGGUUUCGCGGUCGCACAAGCAGGAGUUCCAAACCAAAAGGGUUUCGCGGUGGCGCAGUCUGCCAAUAUGCCACAGCAACCCCGGUACGCCAGCGCCCAGUCUGGUAACGACAAACACAAUAGUUCAGCUAUGGCACAGUCCGCUCAAGGUCACAACAGUCAAGUAAAAAUCCCUACUUUGCCGAUCGCAAAUGGCUUCCGAGCGCUCGACGAAAGAGUAAUGAGUGAUAGUCCCGAGUACAAAGCGUCGAAUGAUAACGAUACUCCGGGUCGAUACUUUGUCGAGACUGGGGAUGCUGAGGAAAGCAAUUCCGAAUUUGCACAACCUGAGAUCCGAAUGCCAGACGAGUCAGUGCGAAAGAGCAACGGCAAAGGCUCAGGUUCUUUAUUGAGCAAUGGAAAACUGACGUCUUUAAUUGUGAAAGGGAAACCGUUGAGCUUUGACAAGGGACGGGUGAAAGAAGACGACGCUGAGCGAAUGAACCGUGAGGAAAAUAAAGUUAUAAAGGAAUUUAUGGAACGCUUGAACCCCGAAGAACCUUCCACUACCGGUGGUGUAGUUAAGGAUAAGAUGAACCAAGAGCCAAAAACCACAGUAUCUACCAAAGGCUGCGGUAGCGCAUGUCAAUUGGAGUGCUUAAACGCUAUCAACAAGUAUCGCAGUAACCACGCCGCCAGGUCGCUAAUCCUGGAUCAGACACUAGCCAAUCAGGCGCAGCGCUGGGCAAACAAGCGCGUGUUCGGGCACUCCCCCUGGGCUCAAGAGGGCAAAGGCGGGGAGGUCAUUGCUGUCGGAAGUUUCUAUACCACUUUCACCGCGGCGAUCAAGGCGUGGCAUGACGAAGAGAAGGAUUUUGAUUGGUCUAGCGGCAAGCAAGAUAAGGACGCGGAGGUUGUUCAUUUCACGCAGGUGAUCUGGCGAAAGGCGCGGCGCCUCGGCUGUGGUAAAACGACCGUUAACGGUGAACCGUACUAUAUCGUCCAAAUGGACGCGUCAUCGAAACACAGCGCAGCCAAACGUAACAGCAUCGGCAGGCCACAACAGCCGGACUUGAAAUGGUUCAUGGAUAGCUCACCAUACUGGAAGGAUUUACAUGCAAGAGGCCGUAUACCCCGCACCAUUACCAGCAAGAUCAUAUAACAAUAAAGUAUAUCCCGUACCAUUACCAGCCAGAUCCAUAUAGAAAUACCGUAUACGCCGCACCAUUACCAGAAAAAUCAUCAAGAAGUACCGUAUACCCCGUAACAUUACCAGCAAGAUCAUAUUUAAAUACUGUAUACCCGGUACCAUUACCAGCAAGUUCAUAUAAAAAUACCGUAUACCCCGUACCUUCACCAGAAAGACCAUAUAAAAAUACCGUAUACACCGUACAAUUACCAGCAAGUUCAUAUAAAAAUACUGUAUACCCCAUACCAUUAUCAGCAAAAUGAUAUAGAAAUACCGUAUGCCCCGUAACAUUACCAGCAAGAUCAUAUAGAAAUACCGUAUACCCGGUACCAUUACCAGCAAGAUCAUAUUAACUAUAAGAUCGUAUAAGCUCGUAAUAUUACAAGAUCAUAUAAAAAUGCCUUCGCUUAAAUUUGUGGCCUUUGCCUCUUCAAAGAAGACCCAUAAAUCCCUAGAUUUAAGAACUCAAAUUAUCCGAGUCAUCUGGUUGACGAAAUAUAGCGAAAUACAAAGAGAAGAGACCUCUGCCAGCAGGGAAGUAAUCUGGGUUCCACUGUAGGACAGUCGUAAAAUACAUUUUCUGGGAAAAUGAGUUCCAAGAUGUGGAUUUUUAUUGUAGGAAAAUAAAACCAAUCAAUUGUUGUGGGACGUUGUAACUGAAGUCGAGUAUUUGUAUAAUAAAAAUGACAGUUUGACCUGUCAGGAUUUAAGUCUA